AUGUCUACAGGUCCAAAUCCCAAAGACUCGAUGAAGUCGACCUGGCGCCACCACGGCCGGAGUGAGUGGAAUAUCUGGCACUGGUUCUACGAAGCGCUGGGCAUCCAUCCAACCUCCCUGGAUAAAGAAAUCCCCGUCCACGACAAGUCCGAUAAAGUGCCACAUCUGCCAGACUGGAAACAGCAUGUCUGGGUGCUCGGUCACUCGGUGAUACCCGUGGCCCUGCACCACGCAUACGUCAAGUAUACCGGACACAACUUUGGUCCCCUGGGCGCCUUUGCCUGGUACAGCAUCGCUUUCAAGCUGAUUGCCAUCCGCCAACUACACAUGAUGCGCGGCCUUGGACACAAAUACGGCUUCUUUGACGGCGACAAGCACGCCCGUGAUGAAGUUCCUGACGUCGGUGUCGGAAAAGUCGUGCACUCGCUCAUGUCCACAUCGACAUUCCGUCCCAUGUUCACCGUCUUCCUGGCGUACAAGACUUCCCAAGCCCCAGCCUCGAUCAACUGGCUCUGGCUGCCCAUCGAAAUCGGCCUGUACGGUAUCAUCCUCGACUUUUGGUUCUACUGGUACCACCGCGUGAUGCACCAGUUCGAGAGCCUGUGGAAGUACCACCGUACCCACCAUCUCACCAAGCACCCGAACCCGCUGCUUACUCUGUAUGCCGAUACUGAGCAGGAGUUCUUUGAUAUUGCCGGUGUUCCGCUCGCUACAUACUUUACCAUGAAGUUCCUGGGUAUGCCCAUGGGCUUCUACGAAUGGUGGAUAUGCCACCAAUUUGUCAUGUAUGCUGAGCUAGCCGGCCAUUCGGGACUCCGAAUCCAUGCCACUCCGCCAAACACCUUCAGCUGGUUGCUCGAAUGGUUCAACUCUGAGCUCGUCAUUGAAGACCAUGAUUUGCACCACCGUACCGGAUGGAAGAAGAGCCACAACUAUGGCAAGCAGACGAGACUCUGGGACCGCAUCUUUGGAACCUGCCGUGAACGAAUCGAGUGUCAGCGUUCCCAGGUGGAUUAUGAAAACAGCGUCAAGAUGCCCUUGUUCUAA